AUGGAGCGCGCGGGAGAGGCGGCGACGGAGAGACGGCUGACGUCGGAACGCGACGCGAAGGAGAAGAGCCGCGACGCGUCCGACGCGCGCGCGGAGCUCGAGCGCGAGCGCGCGGACAGAGCCGCGGCGUCUGUCGCGGCGUCGGAGGCGAUCGCCGCGAGCGAGCGCGAGCGCGCGGUGCUCCGCGCGAAGCUCGAGGCGUGGGAGGCGCGCGCGGCGGACGCGGAGCGCCGCGCCGCGGAGGCGACGGAGGCGGCGGCGGCGGCGGCGGAGCGCGAACGCGACGCGCGCGCGAGAGAGACGCUCGCGUCGAAGCGCGCGACGGAGUUUGAAUCGCGCGCGGACGCGUCCGCGAGCCGCGUCGUCGCGGCGGAAGCGGCGGCGGCGGUCGCGAAGGGCGCGCGCGACGCCGCGGAGGCCAAGGCGUCGAGCGCGGAGGCUGACGCGAGGCGCGCGGCGACGCGAGAAGCCGACGCCGCCGCCAUCUCAGAGAAGCUCCGCGACGCCGUCCCGAGCCUCGCCGCCGCCGCCUCCGCUGCGGACGCGCGCCUCGAGGCCGCCGCGAAGGAACGCGAGCAGCUCGCGGCGCGCGCGGCUGACGCGGAGAGCCGCGCGGCGGCCGCGGAGGCGACGGCGGCGGCGGUUCGGUCCGCGGAGGACGACGCGCGCGACCGCGCGGCGGCGGCGGUGGCGGCGGCGGAAAAGCACAUCGCCGUCGCGCGCGCGGACGUCGAGGGCGCCCGCGCGCGGCUCGACGCGGCGACGCGCGCGAGGGAGGAGGCCGAGCGCGAGCGCGAGGCGCUGCGGGACGAGCUCGCGGGCGCGCGGAGAGAGCGCGCGGAGAUGGCGGAGGCGAUGGAGCGCGCCGAGGGACGCGAGAGCGACGCGACGCGCGACGUCGAGCGGCUCGCGAGAGAGCGCGCGGAGACGGCGGAGGCGACGGCGCGCGCGACGCGCGACGCUCGCGAGCUCCGCGACGCGCUCGAGUCCGCGCGUCGCGGGAGGGCGGACGCGGAGACGCGCCUCGCGAGGGCGGAAGCGGACGCGGUCGCCGCGAGGGCGGAGACGGAGCGGGCGCGGGCGACGGCGAGGGAGGGGGAGCGAGAAGCCGCGACGCUGCGCGGGGAACUCGCGGGCGCGCGCGCGGCGGCCGCGUCGACGUCCGCGCUGAUCGAAGGUCAGGAGAAGCACAUCGCGGACUUGAGGGACGAGCUGAAGAGCGCGCUGCGGGGUAAGAAGGCGCGGGGUGCGCGCGAGGCGCGGGCGCGCGCCGAGCGCGAACGCGAACAGCAGCAGCAGCAGGCGGNGAGGACGCGUCGCGCGCCUCCUUCGCCGCGGCUUCUCGCGCCGCGUACGUCUCCUCGACGUCCGCCGCCGCCGCCGCCGCCGCGGCCGCCGCCGACGACGACGACGCCGACGACGACGACGACGGCCGCGGUGGACUGGGCCGCGGCGUACGCGGACAUCGACGAGACGUACGCGGCGCGAGAAGCCGCGGCGAAGGAGGCGCGCGACGCGUCCUCCUCGCCCGCCGCCGCCGCCGGCGACGCUUCUGCGAAGGUGAACUGGGAGGUCGCGUACGCGGACAUCGAAAAGACGCGCAGGGAGCGCA